AACUCUGCAUCUCCUGCCAUCAUUGCAUUAGGCAAAAGGAAGUGGGAAGUCUACGGUAAGAGCUUGAAAACUUUGUCUUUCAGGCUCCCACAGGAGGGAGAGCUGAGAGAGGAGGGAUGAGGGAAAGGAGCGGGCAGAGAGAAAGAACCAGGAGCAGGAGGAGGACAGGAUGUACAGUGUUCUCUCUGUGGUUCAAACAUUCCAUCUAGAGGAAAUAAAAAGACAGUGAGUUUAUCCUUAGGAAGGACAAGGGGACUGAUGAAUCUACAUCCAGGGAAGUGACUGUUUUGUUUUCAGAGGAAAAUAAGUGUUUAGUGAAGCCCAGUGUGGGCAUGUUUAUUUCCACUGUCCUAAGCUUCGCACUAGGCAUUAAAAUAUAGUGUGCUAAAAUAAUGGGCCUGGAUUGAACCGCAUGCCAUCAGACCAUGUAAGCAAGAUCCCGUGCCUUUGGGCUGGGUAGCAAGUUUUUCUUAUCAUCAUUUUUUUUUUGUGGUAUUUAUCACAGAGAACUGGAUGCUUGCAAUCCAACUACAGGUUACAAAUAGACUGAAGAGCGUAAGAAAUUUGCAAUCUACAAGAACACUUGGCACAAAAGUCACAUUCCAUCAAUCAACGCGAAAAAUGCUUUUAAUAUCGGAGCCAUCUCAAGAGGGCUAGCUAGCUGGACGUCAUGCUUGCCUGGCUGAUCACUCUCCUGAGUAUGGAAGUUCUGCUUCUAGCAGACCCUUACCUGAGUGUCCAGAUUGAACCUAAGAAAGGUAGCCUUGCAGGGGGAACAUGGAUCACAGUUGUUUUGAAUGAUUCAGAGAACAGCAUUCUUUACCCCAACAAUGGCUCUCAGCUGGAGAUAGACCUGGUGAACUUGGCAGUUCCAGCCUUACCGAGGAUCCCCUGUGAUGUCUAUCCUGUCUUCGUCGAUUUGCCUGUGGUGACUUGCCAGACCAGAUCUCUGCUGUCUGAAGCUCAUGCAGGACAGUACUCUCUGGAGAUACGCUCUGGGGAGCGAGUGUUAGGCGGCCCAUGUUCGGGAUCACUGGAUGGCUGUACUUUCAAGUUUUCCAAGGCACAGACACCUGUUGUAUAUCACGUUAACCCGCCAAGUGGAGUUCCAGGACAAGUAAUACAGGUGUAUGGCUGGAUCAUUGCUGACCAGUUGGAAACCCUUGAUCCUGAGGCAAACUACAUUGACAGCCCAUUGAUCCUGGAAGCUGGCAAAGACAAAUGGCUUACUCCUUGUUCUGUUGUCAAUAAGCAGACAGGAAGCUGUUUUCCCAUCCAGGAGGAACAUGGCCUUGGAACUGUGCAGUGCCGUGUGGAAGGCGACUACAUUGGUUCCCAAAAUGUUAGUUUCUCAGUAUUUAACAAAGGGAGGUCGAUGGUGCACAAGGAAGCCUGGCUGAUCAGUGCUAAACAGGACCUGUUCCUAUACCAGACACACUCAGAAAUCCAAUCUGUGUUUCCAAAAGUUGGGAGCCUUGGUGGAAGAACAGACAUCACCAUUACAGGAGAUUUCUUUGACUCUUCUGCUCAGGUUACCAUUGCAGGCAUCCCAUGUGACAUUAGACGUGUGUCUCCCAGGAAGAUUGAGUGCACUACCAGGGCUCCAGGAAGAGGAGCAAGGCUCACUGCUCCUCAGGCUGGCAAUAGAGGACUUCUUUUUGAAGUUGGAGAUUCUGUGGAGGAUGUAGAGCUGACCAAAGCCACCCCAGGGUACAGGUGGCAGAUAGUCCCCAAUGCCAGUUCUCCAUCUGGAUUUUGGUCAAAGGAAGGGCGACCUUUCAGAGCACGGCUCAGCGGGUUCUUUGUGGCUCCAGAGACAAACAAUUACACCUUCUGGAUCCAGGCAGAUAGCCCAGCUUCCUUGUAUUUCAGUUUCUCAGAGGAGCCAAGGACUAAGGUAGAUGUGGCCUCUGUUGGAGUUGGCACUGCUGAUUGGUUCGACUCUUGGGAGCGGAACUGGAAUGAAGGAAACUGGCAACAGAAGACGACUAAGCUUGAACUACGGGGUGGUGCCAAGUACUACUUGGAAGCAGAGCAGCUUGGGAUCGCCCCCAGCAGGGGGAUGAGAAUUGGGGUCCAGAUCCACAACACCUGGCUGAAUCCUGAUGUGGUCAACACAUACCUUCUGGAGAAACACCAGAUCCGAGCCCGAGCCCAGAGACUUCCAGAAAUACAGAUGUUGAAUGUGUCAGCUACAGGAAGCUUUUUUCUUGCUUGGAACAAUGUGUCUAGCCAGCCAGUUCCUGCCAAUGCUACAGCCCAACAGAUCCAAACCACCAUUGAGGAGCUGCUUGCAGUAAAAUGCCAUCUGGAACCCGUUUCAGCUCACAUAUUGCUCCGACUUGGAUUUGAGCAAGGCCUGGAAGGUUCCAGCUCUGAUGGGGUCCUCACCAGUUCAACUGAGCCCUUCUGUGGCAGAUUCAGCCUCGGUCAACUUCGACACCUUAUCCUUUACCCCUCAGCUGAUAAAAAUGGCUAUCAGCUGGAUCAGUACCCAUAUCUGUGCACUGCAUACAGAAGCCACAUGAACAGGACCCUGACGAUGACUGUUUCUUUUGUAUUUGGCUUCCAAAAUGUCACAAAGAAUACCACUUGCGACUGGAGUCUCACGGAACCUCACCCUGAGAGCUGGCAGUUCACUUGCAUUAACCUCUGGGACACAUGUGUUCGUCGCUCUGAGGAUCUCCCAUCUACUCUGGCAAACACACCACUGCUGGUUCAGCGGAUUGACAUUCUUCCUGUGGCCCCGAAGGCAGGCCUGCUCUAUCUGGAUGAAAUUAUUCUUGCAGAUACAAGCAUAACAGUUUCUCAAGCUAAUCCUGCAACAGCCCGCCCAGGUGGGAACCUGGUGGAGUCAGUCUCGGUGGUGGGAUUCUCUCCAGUCUACAGCAUAGCAUUCUUGUUGGCGGGCUGUGGUUCAGAGCUUCCUCUCAUCACUGCACGCUAUGUGUCCGCUGAGGGGACAGGAGAAGGAUCUGAACUGAUUGAGGUGACAGCACAGAGACUCCAGAGGACCAGCCCGCCUUUAGGAGGACACUUCUUCCUCCAACUCUUUGAUACAGUGAUACCUGAUGUGCCGGUGCACAUGUCUUCCAGACAGCUUCACAAGCUAUUGCAGGACAAUGCUGACGCGUCCACAUCUGGAUACCUCAAUGUCAGUGACAUCACUGUGACUAAGGAGCUAAACUCCUGCUAUGAACAUGUCUGGACUCUUUCUUGGACUACUCAGAUUGGGGAUUUGCCCAAUUUUAUCAGGGUCUCAGAUCAAAAUCUCACUGGAGUGAAUCCUGUUGUAAUUGCUCUUGUGGUAUAUGAUGGUGGAGUUUUCCUUGGACCCAUCUUCGGAGACAUGUUGGCAACUGCCAACCAGCAAACUCAGGUGGCUGUGCACGUGAAUGACGUUCCAGCCCAUUGUUCAGGCUCCUGCUCUUUCCAGUACCUGCAAGAGUCAACUCCCAGUGUGGAUUAUGUGUGGCAUUCCCCUGGAUGUGACGUCAACCUACUGGUUUAUUUGACUGGAACUGGUUUCCCUAGAGAUGCCCAGUCCUUGCAGGUUACAGUGAACCAAACAAGAUGUGAAGUUAUUUUCUCAAAUGAAACAAAUGUGGUCUGUGAGCUGGACCUGCUACCAGUUGGAGUGCAUCCGAUUUUGAUGCUGGUGAGACCUUCAGGGCUUGCUGUUAAUGCCAGUGGAGAAAGCCUCUUCCUGUAUGUGGAACCCAGGCUGGAUGCUGUGGAGCCUGCUACGGUUGCAGAGAUAGGAGGACUGUGGGUUACCAUCCGAGGUUGCCAUUUGAAAGGUACAAGUCUGGUGCUCUUUGGAACUCAGUCGUGUGCCAUUGAUGCCAUUAGCAGCAAUUCACAACAAAUUCGGUGCAAAGUCCCACCCAGGGGGAAAGAUGGAUACACUGUGAAUGUGACCGUGGUCACUGGAGAGCACUCUGCAGUUCUUCCCAGAGCAUUUACUUAUGUCUCCUCUUUAAAUCCAGUGGUUGUGUCUUUGAGCAGAAACAGAAGCAGCAUAGCAGGUGGCGAGAUCCUGUUCCUUGGGAUGGCAAGGCUGAUGAGCUUCACUGAUCUGGAUGUACAAAUCCGUGUGCAGAACACCUCUGCUCAGGUCCUCACACAGACAGCUUGGGGACUGGAGGUGCUGCUGCCCCCACUGCCGACUGGCAUUCACACGAUUUCAGUCUUUAUCAAUGGAGUCAGCAUUCAUGCCCAGGGGGUUGAUCUCCACAUCCAAUACCUCACUGAAGUUUUCAGCGUGGAGCCUUGCUCUGGGUCUCUUCUGGGUGGAACCAUCCUCAGCAUUGCAGGAAUAGGACUCGGCAGAGACCCAGCUCUGAUUUGGAUACUUGUGGACAACCAGACUUGCGAUAUCGUGACCUUAACUGACAUGAAUAUCUGGUGUGAGACUCCUCCAGCUGCACUGUCACCUGUGGCAGAUGUUCUCAGUGUCUCUGCUUCCGUGGAGAUCUGGGUCGGCAACACUUCUUUCGUCCAUGGUCCAGCCUUGGUGGGGAAGGGCUUUACCUUCAUGUAUGAAGCCGCAACAACACCAGUGGUCACUGCUCUGUGGGAAGAACUCACGAACGACAGCCUGCGGUUCUAUGUGGAAGGAAACAACCUUUCUGACUCAGCCAUUCUUUUUGGAACCUUGAAAUGUGACCUUGAAGUGCAAUCUUUUGUCGAGAACAUGAGCUUGUCUGGGUGCUCCUUUCCUCUCUACAGUUUGGAAGCAGGAGUCUAUCCUCUCCGAGUUCGUCACAAGUGGAUGGGGUUUGCCAAUAUGUCUGCAGUGCCCCAGAAAUUUGAGUUGUCACCGCGGAUAACGGCCAUCUUCCCAACACGUGGUUCUGUGUGUGGUGGGACUGUACUCACUGUGAAGGGCAUGGCCUUCAAUUCAAGAAGGAAGUCAGUUCAUGUUGACCUUUCAGGCCCUUUUGCUUGUGUGAUUUUGAGUUUGAGAGGCCACACAGUCCUAUGCCAGACCAAAUUGGUGGGCGACCACUUUUCUGCAGUGUCGUUUGCUCUAAAUGUCACAGUUGUGGUCAAUGGGCUGGCCAGCAAGUGUGCAGGGAACUGUACACUCUUCCUGCAGGAAGAAGCGACGCCUACUGUGGAUGUCUUGACUGCAAGGCUCAAUGGUUCUGUAACCACGGUGCUGAUGAGAUGCCAAUGGUUAGGCACCACUGAUGCUGCACCAACAGUGUUUGUGGAUGAUCAGCUUCCUUGCCACACAACUUUCUUCAAUACCAGCCACGUGGCUUGCCAGAUGAGUGACUUGACCCCAGGGCUCCAUUACCUGUCAGCUGUUCAUACACACACUGGUUAUGCUUGCCUGGAUAGUGUUUCUAGAAACUUCUUCAUUCCGCCUCAGGUGUUUGACUAUUUUCCUAAGAAUUACAGCACCCACGGUGGAAAUCUCUUGACCAUAAAAGGCACAGCUCUUAGGGGACGGAAUGCUACAUUUGUCUAUGUUGGCCAGAGGGCUUGUCUCACAGUCAUCAUCAGUUAUGAGCUCAUCCAGUGCAUCAUUCCUGCAGGAAGUGGCUCUGUGGCCCUGGAAGUAGAGGUGGAUGGAGUUUUGUGCCACGCGGGACUCAUUGGUUACAGCAGUGUCUUUACUCCGGAACUGCUCUCUGUUUCACGGAGUCAUGACAUCUUAACCUUUGCAGUCGCCCAGAUCUCAGGGGCUGCAAAUGUUGUCAUUUUCAUCGGGAAGUCACCAUGCAUGGAUGUCUCUGGGAACCGUACAGUUCUCCGGUGCAUGGUUCCUUUACUUCCUGCUGGGGAGUAUCCUGUCACGGGCUAUGAUCACUGCAGAGGCUGGGCCUCUUCGGCUCUCAUUCUGGAGCAGAGAGUGACUGUGACCUCAGUGACUAAGAACUUUGGCUGCCUGGGUGGAAGUCUUUUGCAUGUGUUCGGAGCAGGAUUUUCUCCAGGGAAGAUCUCAGCUGCUGUGUGUGGUGCUCCGUGCCAAGUCUUGGGUAAUGCAACAGUGUCUGCCUUCAGCUGCCUGGUUCUGCCCCUGGAUGUGUCCUUGGCUUCCCUGUGUGACCUGAGGCCUGCAGAAGACAGCUGUGAAGUCAGCAGCCACACCUACAUGCGCUGCGAUUUGACCAUCGCCAUAGGGACAAAGAGACUGCCUGGCUCCUGGCCUUACCUCUACUGUUGUGAAGAGAGUCCCCAGUAUCUCUUAGCACCAGAGCACUGGGCAGAGCCAGCCUCCCCACCCUUCUCAGGCCUCUUCAUCAGCCCUAAAGUGGAAAGAGAUGAAGUUCUCAUCUAUAAUAGCUCCUGUAACAUUACCAUGGAAACUGAGGCAGAGAUGGAGUGCGAGAUGCCUAAUCAGCCAAUUAUCGCCAAGAUUACUGAAAUACAGAAAAGCCGGGGCCAGAACACUCAGUGCAACUUUUCGUUCCAGUUCUGUCGGAGGUGGUCCAGACCUCACAGUUGGUUUCCCCAUAGAGUGCCACAAGAUGGCGACAGCGUCACGGUGGAGACCGGCCAGCUGCUCCUGCUGGAUGCGAACACAAGCCUCCUGAAUUCGCUGCACCUUAAAGGUGGCAAGCUGAUUUUCAUGGAACCAGGACCCAUUGAGCUCAGAGCCCACUCCAUCCUUAUUACAGAUGGGGGAGAGCUCCACAUCGGCUCUGAGGACAAACCUUUCCAAGGCAAAGCUCAGCUCAAACUCUAUGGAAGUUCCUACUCUACCCCCUUCUUUCCCUAUGGAGUGAAGUUCCUGGCGGUGAAGAAUGGAACCCUUUCCCUGCAUGGUGCAGUUCCAGAAGUGACCGUCACCUAUCUUCGAGCCACUGUGUGUGCAGGAGACACAACUUUGUUUCUGGAGGAAGCUGUGGACUGGCGCCCUGGGGAUGAGGCUGUCAUCAUCAGUGGGAUGAGUGUUGAGGGCACCGGAUCAAUGGAAGAGGUUGUUGUUGUGGAAACUGUGCACAAUGCACAACUCCAUCUCAGGACUCCCUUGAGAUAUUCUUACAACAUCACAGAGAAUGGAGUAGCUGGAAAGAAUCCUAUUUUGAAUGCUACUGUGGCUCUUCUCAGCAGGAACAUUGUCAUCCAAGGAAAUCUUACUCUGGAGAGGGUAAAGCACCUCCAUUCCUGCCAGGAGGUCAACGCUGCUGAAGGUAACCCAAAGCACUGUUUGUAUUAUAAGAGUGAGAAAAUGCUGGGAGCCAGGGAUCUGGGUGCCAGAGUAAUCAUUCAGUCCUUCCCAGAGGAGCCCAGCUUGGUCAAGCUGAAUGGAGUGCAGUUUCGAGACCUGGGGCAGGCCUUCCGUAAGCAUCCAAGCUCACUCACCUUGGUGGGAGCUUUGAGAGGUUCCUAUCUCCAGAGCUGUUCAAUAUGGGGUUCCUUCAGCAGAGGCCUUAGCAUGCACAGGACCUGGGGCCUGAGGGUGGAGAAUAAUAUAUUCUACAAGAUUAUAGGUCAUGCCCUGCUGGUGGGGACCUAUAUGGACAGAAAGUUUAUGACUAGUGAGACUAUUAUUGGAAGAAAAAAUGAUUGGCGGGAACAGGGAAGUACAAUAAGAAACAAUGUGAUCAUCAGUGUUUCUGGGGCUGAAGGACUGUCCAAUCCUGAAAUGCUGGCACCUGCUGGCAUCUACACCUUCAGUCCCACCAAUGUGAUAGAGGGCAACAGAGUGUGUGCAGCUGGCUAUGGCUAUGUUUUCUACCUUGUGACCAGGCAAACCUCACAAGCUCCGCUCCUUUCGUUCACGUUGAACACUGCUCACUCUUGUACCAGGUAUGGCCUUCUUAUAUAUCCUCAAUUUCAACCACUUUGGAAUAAUGACACAGGCUUCACUCUCUUCCAAGAUUUCAUUGUUUGGGGAAGUGCAGGUGGUGCCAAGAUUUUCAGAAGCAGCAAUCUGCACCUGAAAAACUUCCAGGUUUAUGCAUGCAGAGACAGCGGAAUCGACAUCUUGGAAAGCGAUGCGGACACCGUGGUUAUGGACAGCUUUUUACUUGGUCAUUUCACACACCAGGGAAGUCUAUGUAUGUCAGCUGGGAUUAAAACGCCUAAAAGAUGGGAACUGACGGUUUCUAAUACAACUUUUGUUAAUUUUGAUCUGAACUGUGUGGCCAUCAGAACCUGUUCUGGCUGUUCCCAAGGACAGGGUGGAUUUACUGUGAAGACCAGAGAAUUAAAGUUUGAAAACUCUCCAAAUUUAGUAGCAUUUCCAUUUCCUCACGCAGCAGUUUUGGAAGACUUGGAUGGGUCCCUGUCUGGGAAAAAUGGAAGUCACAUUCUUCCUUCUAUGGAGACCCUCUCCUAUACAUGCUUGGUCAAUGCAAGCUUCAGUCAUAUUGUCCCUGGGAGCAUUUGUGGGGAAACUGUUGUCCUCCAUCGUAUGUCUAUUCGUUUAGAUAAGGCCCUCGAGGUUCCUAAGAAUCUAAUCGUGACUGACGGCAAAAAUAAGACAAUCACGGUCAAGUACGUAGGCGACACAUUGUCUAAUUCGUAUGGCUGGAUGGCUCUGCUCUUGGAUCAGGAGACUUACUCACUGCAGUUCCAGAACAACGAUUGGAUGGAGCGCUCUUUACAGUACUCAGCAACAUUUGACAGCUUUGCCCCUGGAAAUCACCUCCUGCUGCUGCACGGGGACCUACCACCUUACCCGGACAUCCUCAUCAGGUGUGGAAGUCGCCUGGGUCAGUCACUACUUCAGUCUCCCCCUUUGCCCAGUCGCGACAGAGGCUGUGACUGGUUCUUCAACAGCCAAUCGGGGCAGCUCACCUAUCUCGUUUCAGGUGAAGGCCAAGUUCAGGUGUUUCUCCAGGUGAGGGAAGGUGUGCCUCCGACUGUUUCAGCUUCUACAUCUGUACCUGAAUCAGCUUUAAAAUGGUCCCUUCCUGAAACAUGGAAGGACGUUGCAGAAGGCUGGGGAGGAUACAACCAGACCCUUCCAGGACCUGGUGAUGACGUCUUGAUUUUACCCAACAGGGCUGUUCUUGUGGAUACAGCUCUCCCAGUGCUUAGACGCCUCUAUGUAAUGGGGACCUUAGAAUUCCCUGUGGACAGAAGCAAUGUUCUGAGUGUGGCCUGCUUACUCAUUGCAGGAGGGGAACUGAAAGUAGGUACUUUAACAAAUCCCUUAGAAAAAGAACAAAGACUUCUAAUUAUUCUCAGAGCCUCAGAAGAAAUCUUUUGUGACCAUUUUGAUGGAAUACGUGUUGACCCAGGAACAAUUGGAGUUUAUGGGAAACUUUCCCUUCACGGUGCUUAUGCUAAGAAAUCCUGGGUACACCUUGGAGCCGAUAUUGCACCGGGAAAUGAGAGAAUUAUAGUAGACGAUGAAGUGAAGUGGCAACCCCUCGACAAAAUCGUCCUUAGCUCUUCUUCUUAUGAGCCUCAUGAGGCAGAGGUCCUCACGGUCAAGGAAGUCAAGGGCCAUCACAUCAGGAUCUAUGAACGUCUUAGACACCGACACAUUGGAAGUGCCCAUAUCAUGGAGAAUGGUCAGCGCAUUCCAUUGGCUGCUGAGGUUGGACUGUUGACGAGGAACAUUAAAAUUCAACCUGAUUCAUCCUGUAGAGGGAGACUCCUGGUGGGGUCCUUCAGGAAGUCUAGCAGAGAAGAGUUUUCCGGUGUUCUUCAACUUCUAAAUGUAGAAAUUCAAAACUUGGGGUCACCAUUGUAUGCAUCCAUUGAGUUCACUGGUGUGUCAGCAGGAUCCUGGGUGAUAUCUUCUACUGUACAUCAAAGCUGCGGCAUGGGCAUCUAUGCAUCUACCAGUCAUGGGAUGGUUUUAAAUGACAAUGUAGUGUUUGGUACCAAUGGCCAUGGCAUUGGUCUGGAAGGUCUGAACCAUUCUCUCACUAAUAACCUUGUCAUCUUAACGAUGCAGUCAACAAGGUCAUCUCCUUGGGUGGCAGGAAUCAAAGUGAACUAUGCAAAAGAUGUCAUUCUCCGUGGCAAUGUAGUGGCAGGAUCAGAAAGAAUUGGCAUUCAAAUAUGUGGCCAUAGCUGCUCUUCUGAAAUGCUUUGGUCUGACAAUGUGGUCCAUUCAAGCCUCCAUGGAGUUCACCUCUAUAACAGAAACGAACCCAACAACUGUACUGGUGUCUCUGGAUUUCUGGCCUUUAAGAACUUUGACUAUGGUGCCAUGAUACAGACGGAAAAUAGUUUGGUCCUGCAGAACAUCACUCUGGUAGACAAUACUAUUGGUCUUUUGGUGGUUGCAUCUGUAUCUUCUGCUCCUCCAAGCUCCAUUAUUGAUGUGCAGAUUGUGCUUAGGAAUUCAGUCAUUGUGGCCACUAGCUCCUCUUUUGACUGCAUUCAAGACAGAAAGACACCUCAGUCAGCCAACUGGACAUCAACAGACAGAGCACCUUCCAAUGCCAGAGGGGGCCGGAUUGGCAUCCUGUGGCCAGUUUUCACCUCAGAACCAAAUCAAUGGCCUCAGGAGCCAUGGCACAAAGUGAGAAGCAGCCAUUUAGUCUCCGGAAUCAUGAAGCUUCAAGAUGUCACAUUUUCUAGUUUUGUAAAGAGUUGUUAUAGUGGAGACCUGGAUAUCUGCAUCCUGCCUAAUGAACACAGCACUGGAAUCAUGUACCCAAUAACAGCAGAGAGGACCAGGAUGCUAAGGAUGAAGGACAAAAACAAGUUCUACUUUCCUCCAUCACAGCCCAGGAAAGACUUAGAGGAGACCGUUUGCCAUGAAUCAGACUGGGAAAGCCCAAGAAAAUGCCUCUUCAUAGAUCUGGAUGGGAGAACUCUGGGUCUGCCCCCACCAGUUUCUGUGUUUCCAAAGACAGAGGCAGAAUGGACUGGAUCGUUCUUCAACACAGGUAUCUUCAGAGAAGAACAGAAAUGCACAUUCCGAGCAAUGAUCCAGGGCUUCUUCUGCAAGCAGACUGACCACGUGAUCCUAAUUCUCCAUAAUGUAGAUAUGCCUUGGACAGUUGCAAGGUCAUACCCACUUGUAUCUGUUACUAAUGGCUUUGUUGAUACAUUUAGCAGGGUAAAGGACAGUACCCUAUGCUCUAGCACUUCCUCUACGUCUACUUUCUAUUCCAUCUUACCUACCAGGCAAAUCACCAAAGUAUGCUUUGUGGAGCAAACACCUCCAUUAUUGCGUUUUUUUCUACUUGGCAAUAGAAGUGCCUCCAAGCUAGUUCUGGCUGUGUUCUACAAUGAGAUUCAGAGCCCUCAUGUUUUCUUAGAAAAAAGAUUUAUUCCACCUACUCCAGUAGAGUCAGCGUCUUCAUUGUUGGAUGAGUCUGCUGGUGCCAACUACUUUGACAUCAUGAAUAACCUCUUAUAUGUUGUCCUGCAAGGAGAGGCGCCUAUUGAAAUACACUCAAGUGUUUCCAUUCAUUUGGCUUUCACUGUGACAUUUUCAGUCCCAGAGAAAGGCUGGGAAAGAGUGAUGCUUGAAAGGCUAACACACUUCUUACAGAUUGACCCAAACCAAAUCAAAUUCAAGCUUGAGAUGCCUGGCAACAAAGAGACCUUAGAAGCCAUUGCAAACAGUAGAGGAAAACGAAAGCGUAAUUGCCCAACUGUAACUUGUGGUGGUGCUUCUACCAGAUCUGGUCAACGCAGACCUCUCAUGGCAAAAGUGAUGCCUUAUAAAAUCACACCAACAACCUCUGUGGAAACUCUCUCAAAGGUGAUUGUCAUUGAAAUAGGUGAUCUGCCAAAUGUAAGGAGCACUGAAUUUAUUCCAUCCUUACCAAGCAACAGGCUGCAGAAUUUGGCUCACCAAGUUAUCACUGCUCAACAGACUGGAGUCCUGGAAAAUGUUCUUGGAAUGACUGUGGGGGCCCUACUAGUGACUCAGUCAGAGGGAGUCGCAGGCUAUAGAAAUGCAAGUCAUUUAAGAACUGGGAGCCGCAUAUAUACCCGGCCCUCUAUACUUUCCAUUCUGGUGCAGCCUUCAGAUGGGGAAGUGGGAGUAGAUUUGCCGGUUCAGCCACAGCUCAUCUUCCUGGAUGAGAAGAACCAAAGAGUGGAGUCUUUGGGUCUCCCUUCAGAGCCUUGGAUUAUUUCAGCUUCCCUGGAAGGGGCUUCAGAUUCAAUGCUAAAAGGAUGCACCCAGGCAGAAACACAGGACGGCUAUGUGAGCUUCUCCAGAUUGGCCGUCUUGAUCUCUGGGUCCAACUGGCGCUUUGUUUUCACUGUUACCUCCCCUCCAGGUGCUAAUUUUACAGUUCGAUCCAAGACCUUUGCUGUCUUACCAGUGGCCCACAAGGAGAGAUCCACUAUCAUCCUGGCCUUUUCCCUGUGCUCAGUGGUGUCAUGGCUGGCUCUGAGCUGUCUCAUAUGCUGCUGGUUCCGGAAAAACAAAAAUAGAAAAAUAAAACCUGAAGAUAUAUCUGAAUCCCAGGCUAAGGAUCAAAAGAAGAACCCCCACAACUCUUCCAAACACCGAGGACUACAAGUAAAGACAACAAAAGAAGACACCGUGAUGCGGGAAGAUAUGAGGAUGAAGGUUAUGCAGGGAAGGCAGAACCAGUUUCCCCAACAGUCAAUGGAUGGAGUGUCCAAAAGGAACGUUAGUCGUCGUGCUGUCCCAGAGGAAGGAGCCUCUACACCUGCCCCGAGGAUUCCCAGAAUCACAUCCCAGGGGCUCACCUGUGUUCCAGGAUCUCUUGCUCAGCAGCUGACCCUGCAGGAGCCUGGGAAUUGGAAGGAAGCCCAAAAGCAGUUGCUCAGAUACCAGCUGGCAGGCCACAAUCAGCUGCUUCUGUUAAGCCCAGACCUCAGGCAAGAGAGGCAGCAGGGUCAGGAGUCUAGCCAGCAGAACAAAGGGAGCAACUGCAUGGGACUUUCCCCAGAGGAGGGUACUUGUGUUCCCUCUGAGGCUGUCUGCCUCCACACAGCACCACCAGAAGCUAUACAGCAACAGCUGUGAGCGUGGAACACUGUGGGUGUUUGUAUGAGCAGGGAAAAUGUUCAAAAUUAUUUCUACAUGGUAAAUGGGGGAAGAGCGGCCUGAUUUGGUAGGACAUCUAAGGGAGAAUAUGGACUCUCAAUCUUUUGUCUUUAAUACGGAAGACAGUCAGAUAAGGGCUUGUAGACUGAGGCUGUAACCGAUUAUGUCUCUUGUACCUAUCAUUGAUCCUACCCAAUUCCAACAAAUAACAGGUUCGCAAACACUUGCUGAUAUUUUCAUGAGUUCAGACUUGUUGUAAUGCAGCCAACUUUAUACCUGUGAUAUACUAAACUUCACUAUUAGGAACUGUGAUUUAAGAUUCUAUUGCAGUGGACACCCAAAAUGCUUCGGGGUUGUCUUGCAGAAGACUUGGAUUGGGUUUAGGGAGUUGCAGUUGUGUCUACGGUGUUUGAGAACAUUCAAGAGGCAGCUUGUUCCUUACUAUAACAAAGCUUAGUCUCCAAGAAGGGUCAACUUCAUGACAGUUAUUUUUAGAUUUUAUUUCAUUGCUUAAAUUUAUUCAUUAUUGGGAGAUUUCUUCAUCAUAGAUAUCAUUUGUAUGUCAUGAGUAUUUUUACUGGAAAGACUGUGGAUCACAUGGGCUUUGUUGGGAUUUCGAUUAAUAAAGAAGCAAACAUACUAAAUUUAUGAAAAUUUUUCUUGAUGUAUUGUAGUUACAUUUUACAUUUCUCUUAUUGGUUGGAUCAAAUUUACAACUAAAAGAAAAUUCUCUUGGCAGACAAAAGAUAAUCCUCCAAAGUUAAAAUUGAUUGAUUAAAACUUACUUGAUUAUCAGAGAACUGAUAUUUUUAUCAAAGGCAUGUGUAAGGGCUUCCCAAGAGAAUAAGAGAGAUUUCAUUAGGUGUAGUCUCUUGAAGCUGUGCUAAGAGAAACAAAAGGUGAACCUGUGCUUUAAAAAAGGAAGAGUGAAUUAUUUUAACCACAUGCAUAUAUUUGCACAGCAUUCAUUUCUACUCAAGCUAAAUAAUAAUUAAAUGUACUGAUUAUGACUUUUGUCUGGUUCCCAGGGGCCCUUAUGACCUGAGAAUAUGAAACAAAGUUUGCAGAAGUGAGGAGAAUUUCCACAAAAUGAUACUUUAAGAUAUUCCCCUGAAUAUAAGCCAGGAUUUCCCAGUAUCUGAGGGGCUCUCCUGCAGUUGAGAUAUAACAUAAGCAAGAAAUACUGUCCUAUAUUGCUAAGGCUUCAAUAAUGGCAGCUGAGAACUAGAAUCCAUAGGAAGCAUGGGUGGAAAGCAGCCAUCAACUGGAAACUAUAUCUCUUCCCACCACGAGUUGGCUAGAGCCAUCUCAGUCUCUUUCUCAUUAAAGAUUCUUGAAGCGUGUCAUGAAACUCCCAGUGUCUAGAACUACUCUGUUCUGAGGCAGCUUCCCUUCUUUGUGGCGCUGUACUGAAUGCUGAGGGGGGUGAAUGUGAUGCUCUCAGGGAGACUUAAAUACAGUUUGUUUGUAUGCUGGGAACAGCAUGAGACAAUCUAGACUAUAAAAACUUAUUCUUGGGACAUAACCUAGCUGCCUCAGGAUAAAUUUUUACAGAUAUAUUUUGGGGGGACAACAAAGGUGUCUUAGUAACAAAAUAACUUCAGGAACUUUGAAUUACUCCUGUGUAGCAAUCCUCCCAUUUAAUCCAUUUUUGUAAUAACUACUUCAUUAUAUUUCCUUUGCUAACUUCUUGAUCUAUGAAACCAUUAGCCUUCACAAACUCUUGUACACACCUUGAAUUCUGAAGAGCUAAUGAUCUUCACAAAGGUUCAAAACCCUUCAUACUGUAACAGUAAUCUAAACAACCAUGACUCUUUGUCAUACAUUACCCUUCUCAAUCAACUACCAAGACUCUUAUAUAUUCUCCCUUUUCUAAUCUAUCUCCUCAUCCAUACCCUAUGAGGUGUGAGAUGAUAGGUUUUGAGCUAGCUCUCUUUCAUACUGCUUAAAAAGAAGAGGAUGGAGCAAAUGCUGGGAGCAUAAAAUGAAGCUAAGAAUUAAUAGCUUAGAAUAACCUAUUACACACAGUUUACCGUAAUCCAUCACUAAACUGUAACAUUGAUGAGGUAAAUAUUUCUCAGCUACUCUGAUUAACAAAAUAAGCAGUGAGUUAAACAUCCUUUUCAUCUUUCAUUUCAGAGAACUUAUUUUUGUUACUCAUUUCUAAUAUGAUGUGCCCAUCCUCUUAAGAGAUUGUUGUACUAAAGCUCUGGGGAUUUAAAAAUAUUUGAGAGUGUGUUUUAAGAGAUGCUCAUCAUAAAAAGCUGAUAAACAUGUGGGGUGAUAUGAAUGCCACUUUGCUUUACUGAGCUAUUUUGUACCCAAUAAAUAAUACAAAUUAAAAUUUGAAAAAAUAUGAAAAAAUUCAUAAAUGUUUUUGCAUAGUAAAGUGGAAAGGCAAGCCAGUAUAGUUUGGCCCAUUUUUUCAAACUUUUUGCAUUGUGUUCAACGAGGAUUAGAUUGACAGAUGCUGUUCCUAGAGAAGAGACUGAGCCAGCUGAAUCAAAGGUAGAUAGCAAAGAAUUCUUGUCCAUAUUACUGCUUGCAAAGCUGCCAAAAACAAAGAUACCUUGAGCUCUCUCAGGCUUUAUCUUUUCCAAUGGUAACUCAAUUGAACCAUUGCUUCCCAUCUAGCAGUGGAAUUCCAAGUGUAUAGAAUUGCUGUACAUUAAAUGAGGACAAAAUGCUUUCAACAACAAAAACAAAAUGAAGAAGCAUUGCAAGCCUCAUGCAAUUAUUAUUCAACUAAAUUUCUUUCAAACUAUGUAUGCCCAUGACAUUAAAGACUUUUAAUUGAUUCUGUCAUUUAAAAUUUGUGCACUUAUUCCAUCAUUUGUUUUCUAAAUUCAAACUGGUUUUGGUGUCAGUUUUAGAAAUGCAAGAAACAGAAAGAAUUUGAACUGAAUGGAAAAGUUUAUCUUAAUCUUCAUCACAGCAUUGUGACCAAUUACAGACAUAGCAAAGAGAGGAAGUUUCAAAAAUGUAGUUUUAAAAAACAAACAAAGGGCAUUGAGCCUAUAGUUCAUGAUCCUAGAGAAGCUAAGUAAUAAGGCCAACCCAAAGAAAAACAAAAAUAGACCCACCUGGGAAUUAAAAACAAACAAGAUCACCUGACAAAAUUGGGAGCAUGGGGGUGGGGGAAAGAAGGAAGGGCAGAAGAGGAGGGUUGAAGAGCACUUGAGGGAAUGGAAUAGUCAAGAUAGGGGAAGGACAGAUAUGAGAGCAAGGAAAGAGAUAUCUUGAUUGAGGGAGCCAUUAUGGGGUUAGCAAGAAACCUGGCUCUAGAAAAAUUCCCAGGAAUCCACAAGGAUGACCCCAGGUAACAUCCUAAGCGAUAGAAGAGAGGGUGCCUGAACCGGCCUUGCCCUGUAGUCAGACUGAUGAUUAUCUUAAAUAUCACCAUAGAACCUUCAUCCAAUAACAGAUGGAAACGGAGGCAGAGAACCACAUCGGAACACUGGACUGAGGUCCCAAGGUUCCCAAGUUGAAGAGUGGAAGGAGUGAGAAUAUGAGCAAGAAGGUCAAGACCGUGAAGGGUUCACCCACUGAGACAGUUUGCCUCAGCUAAUGGGAGCUCACCAACUCCAGCUGGACUGAGAGUAAAUGAACAUGGGAUCAAACUAGUCGCUCUGAAUGUGGUUAACACUUGGGGCAGACUGAGGGGCCACUAAUAGUGGCACUGGGCUUUGUCUCUACUGCAUGUACUGGAUUUUUGGGUCUUUGAAUGUAAACUUUGCUUAACCUAGAUGUAGUAGGGAGGGCUUUGGA